CACACUGGCCUGGGUGGGUCUCCUCAAGCAGGCUUUUCUGAGCAGGAAUCCCUUUCUGAUGUGGCCAUUGCAGGACAACUGAGGCUCGCCAGCCCUAAGCGCAUUUGACGCCACCUUCCACCGCUCCAAGAACUGCAGCAGAGGACAUUUCCAGAGUAUUUGUUUUCUCCUCGCCCCAGAGUGCUUGUAUUAUCUUGGUGGCUCCUUCUGCUACUAGUGACAGCUUCCUUGACCCCCUUAAGUGUUCUGGACAGUUUUUGGUUUUUUGUGGGUUUUGGUGUUUUGUUUUGUUAGUCACGGUAUCCAUACCACCUAUAACAUCCCGAUUUUCCAUAACUUGUGUGCUCCGGUCUCUGCACGCCUGCAGAGGCACUGGAGAUGCUUUCUAGCACCCAGGCGGCGACAGGUGAAUGUGACGACGCGGAGCUGCGGUGCCGGGUGGCCGUGGAGGAGCUGAGUCCUGGAGGGCAGCCUCGCAAGCGCCAGGCCCUGCGCACUGCCGAGCUGAGCCUAGGUCGAAACGAACGCCGAGAGUUAAUGUUGCGACUGCAGGCACCGGGACCUGCGGGGCGCCCACGCUGCUUCCCGCUGCGCGCCGUGCGCCUCUUCACCCGCUUCGCUGCGGCCGGGCGCAGCACGCUGCGGCUCCCAGCGGAUGGUGUCCCCCGGGCUGGCUCAGUGCAGCUGCUGCUCUCCGACUGUCCCCCGGAGCGCCUGCGCCGCUUCCUGCGCACGCUGCGCCUGAAGCUGGCGGCUGCCCCCGGGCCAGGACCCGCCUCUGCCCGCGCGCAACUGCUCGGCCCGCGGCCUCGAGACUUUGUCACCAUCAGUCCAGUGCAACCGGAGGAACUGCGGCGUGCUGUGGCCACCCGGGCUCCAGAUUCCUCUCUGGAGAAGCAGCCAACAGAAUCAAAGCCUAGUACGGAAGCUCCAAGGUGGCCGCUGCCUGUGAAGAAGCUGAGCAUGCGCUCCAGCAAACCGAAGCUUUCCGAGGAGCAAGCUGCUGUGCUGCGGGCAGUCCUGAAAGGCCAGAGCAUUUUCUUCACUGGGAGUGCAGGGACAGGAAAGUCCUAUUUGCUGAAGCAUAUCCUGGGCUCCCUGCCCCCUACUGGCACUGUGGCCACUGCCAGCACUGGGGUAGCAGCCUGCCACAUCGGGGGCACCACCCUUCAUGCCUUUGCAGGCAUCGGCUCAGGUCAGGCUCCCCUGGCCCAGUGUGUGGCCCUGGCCCAUCGGCCAGGUGUGCGGCAGGGCUGGCUGAACUGCCAACGGUUGGUCAUUGAUGAGAUCUCCAUGGUAGAGGCAGACUUGUUUGACAAGCUGGAAGCUGUGGCCAGAGCUGUCCGGCAACAGGAGAAGCCAUUCGGAGGGAUCCAGCUCAUCAUCUGUGGGGACUUCCUACAGUUGCCACCAGUGACCAAAGGCUCCCAGCACCCUCGAUUCUGCUUCCAGGCCAAGAGCUGGAGGAGGUGUGUGCCAGUGACUCUGGAGCUGACUGAGGUAUGGAGACAGGCAGAUCGGACCUUCAUCUCUCUGCUGCAAGCUGUGAGGUUGGGCAGAUGUUCAGAUGAAGUGACCCGCCAGCUCAGAGCCACAGCUGCCCAUAAGGUGGGAAGAGAUGGAAUUGUCGCCACAAGACUCUGUACCCACCAGGACGAUGUGGCCCUUACCAAUGAGAAGCGGCUGAAGGAGCUGCCAGGUGAGAUACACAGCUUUGAGGCUAUCGACAGUGAGCCUGAGCUCGCCCGGACCCUGGAUGUCCAGUGUCCUGCUAGCCGUGUCCUUCAGUUAAAGCUGGGGGCUCAGGUCAUGCUGGUGAAGAACUUGUCAGUGUCUCGGGGCCUGGUGAAUGGAGCCCGGGGAGUGGUCGUUGGGUUUGAGUCAGAAGGGAGAGGGCUUCCCCAGGUACGGUUCCUGUGUGGGGUCACCGAGGUCAUCCACACGGACCGCUGGACGAUACAGGUCACUGGGGGCCAGUUCCUCAGCCGGCAGCAGCUUCCCUUACAGCUGGCCUGGGCAAUGUCCAUCCACAAAAGCCAGGGCAUGUCUCUGGACUGUGUGGAGAUCUCUCUGGGCCGCGUGUUUGCCAGUGGUCAAGCCUAUGUGGCCCUCUCCAGGGCCCGCAGCCUACAGGGCCUCCGUGUGCUGGACUUUGACCCCACGGUGGUUCGCUGUGACUCCCGAGUGCUGCACUUCUAUGCCACCCUGCGGCAGGGCAGGGGCCUCCAUCUGGAGUCCCCGGAUGACGAGGCAGCAGACUCUGAUCUGGAGAACAUGGACCCAAACCUCUGACUCGGCUGAAAGAAGACCAACAGUGGACCACCCAACUUGCGGCUUCUUCAUGGGCCAAGGCCCUAGGGAAUAACUGGGGGGGGGGGGGGCUCUCUGUUUCUUCCCUCAUUCAGCCUUCUGGUGGGGGGAAGGACAUGGUUCCCUGUUUACCAGCUUUGUCAGCGCCACCCCUUUCCCUGGGGAAACUACUUCCAGGGUCAGACGUUGGACACGCUGAUUGUUACAGAGGACAAAGCUCUCUGCAAGGCUGGACAAGCAGCCGCAGAGUUCGGAGCCGUAGACUGCGGAGGCAGCGGAGACAGGUACUUCAGCGGCCGCAUCACACCCCACAGGCAGGGCCUGUCUUAGCCCAUUGCACUGAUUUAUUUUGUGCACAUGGAAGGUCAGAGGACAAUUUGGAGGAGUUGGUUUUCUCUUUCCCCGUGUGGGUCCUGGGCGUUAAAUUCAGGUGUGGGGCUUGGCGGCAGGCACUUUUACCUCAUGAACAAUCUUGCCAGCCCCGGGGGUCUGUUUUAAUUUUCUUUGUGUUAUUUUAACAAAAUACACAAGGCUGGGUACUUGAUGGAAAAAAAAAAAAUGGUUUAUUCAACUCACAAUUCUAGAAGACUAAGAACACGGAACCAGCCCGUACUAGUAUGCCGGGGCUUCAUGGCAGUUGGCACCACACAGCAGGUCCAUGUGCAGGCAUAACCAUAUAAUGAGACAAGCAGCGGAAGACUGUGGAACAGCAUCCAUCCACUCCUGAGGGCAGGUCCCCCUUGUAGCUGGAGUUUUCCUGCCUGGCCCACAGUCAGGACAAAUUUUUAUCACCCGCCAAUCCCACAGCCACUCAGACCCAACCAAGUAAACACAAGAGACUUAUAUUGUUUACAAACUGUAUGGCCGUGGCAGGCUUCUUGCUAACUGUUCUUACAACUUAAAUUAAUCCAUUUCUAUAAAUCUAUACCUUGCCACGUGGCUCGUGGCUUACCGGCAUCUUCACAUGCUGUUUGUCAUGGCGGUGGCUGGCAGUGACUCCUUCUGCCUUCCUGUUCUUUUCUCCUGUUAGUCACGCCUAUACUUCCUGUCUAGCCACUGGCCAAUCAGUGUUUUAUUUAUUGACCAAUCAGAGCAAUUUGACAUACAGACCAUCCCACAGCCUGGCCUUCAUCACCUUCCAUGCACGAUCCAUCUCUUAAAGAGUUACAUCAUCUUAGCGCUGCUGCACUAGGGAUCAAGCUUCCGGCACGUAAACCCAUAAGGAAAACCAUCCAAGCCAUGGCAGGAGCCUCGAGGGGAUACAGGCCAGACACAAACCCAAGGCAGAAGUUUAAUUACCUUCACAGCUGAGCUCAGCCUAACACAGCCCCGAGUAAACACCCUUCUGAGCCUGUCCUGAGAACAGACACUGCAAAAUGGGCUGUUUUGAGGGGAGAGGUAGUGUUUAGGGCACUGAAAUAAAUGUUCUCAGGUUGUAUUUAUUUAGGCCAAAUAAACUUGUGAAUUGUGUAACUGUGACUCCUGCCUGGUCUCUCUCCCUCACUGAGGGGGUAAACACAGAGAUGUUUGUUCAGCCACCACGAGGUCCUAAAUCACAGCAACCUGGUGUGAGGCCUGUGAGGUUUUGUCCAUAGCAAUUGUCAUCUGAAAACCUGAGGUAUCUGAAGGUGGUGACAGGUGAUGGACCAACAAGGUGAGUAUCUGUCACCCAAAAGCUAGGACAAAAAUACGCUGAGGGAAGUUCUAAGUUCGGGCUCUCCCUGGGACUCUGGCUUUCCAGUCGGAUAGGGAAAGAGCCAUCAACAAACUAUCGCAUGGUAGAGGGGCUGGAGAGACGGCUUGGUGGUUAAUAGCCUAUUAUGCUCUUGCAGAGGACGGCAGUUCGGUUUCCAGCACUUGUAUCUGGUUAUAGUUACAGCCACCUGUAACUCCAGCUUCAGGAUGCCAGUAAGGCAGGAGGUGUCUGGUCCCCCUGAAGCUGGAGGUACAGGUGGUUGUGAGCCACUUGUCUGGGGUGCUGGGAAUGGAACUGGGGGCCUCUGAAAUAGCAGUGCACACUCAGAUAACCACUGAGUUCUCUCUAGCCCAUGAAGAAAUGUUUCCUUACUUCCCAGGAGAAGUCACACCAUGAGAAGAUCUGCUUAAAGAUGCCUUUCCCUGAGACCAUUGGGGUGCCCGGAAGUCCUCUCCUCGGCAAUCUCCUUGUGAAGAUGCUCCUGGACAACAAAGGCCGGCAUGUUCCCUGAGGGGCUGCAGAUAUCCCUGCCCCUGAGGGAAACACGGUAAACCUAGGAGUUCUUUAUUUGGGGAGGGGGGACAUCUAAUUUAAUCUGUCCUGGAAUGUGCAUCCCUGAGGGGUAGAGUGAAAUCUCAGACUCCUUCAGUUAGGAGUCAAGACUCCCCACACUGAGCAUGUCACAGGUUCAACCACAUCACCCAGGGCUUUGUCGUGGCUACUGACACCUGCAGUGACCAGGAUCCACAAGCAACAAUGACGUCUGGGGUACAGGGAGAAAGGGCAGUCUAUCUAGGUGCCUCACACCCCGUAAUCCUGUUACCUUCUGGGUGCUCCCUUCUGGAUUGCUCCCCAAUCUCAAGGCCCCUCCUUUCUGCCUUUCCCCACAGCACCAUCUUAAGAAACAGGAGCUAGAAAGCAAAUUCAGUCAGGACUCCUUAGGCAGCUUCAGGAUUUUAAACAAAGCAGCCAGUGUGAGGAUGGUUUAGAAUGGGGGAAAAGAAGGGGAACAAGAAAAGCAGAACAGAAUGAACAGAUUCUCAGUGCUCAUCUUACUGUGGGUGAUAAAGGGAACUACCUGUCCAUCCUUUUUUUUUUUUUUCAUGAAGAUCGAUCAUUUACCCCUAACGUGUUGUUAGGUGCUGGGCUCUGCACUGCAGAUCCCACAGUACACAGAGCUGACCCAGCCCACCUCAGGAUGCUGAAGGAGAUCUAUUACAGUGGUAAAAAUUAGAAAGCCAUCCCAGAAACUGUGAUAAUGCUACACAAUCAGAAAAAAUAAAGAGUUCACUUACAGGAUGGCAUAUUAGUCAGGGUUCUCUAGAGAAGCAGAAGUUAUAGAAUGAAUGUAUCUACACCUACACAUGUAAAGGAUUUAUUAGAACAGCUUACGGGCUCAUCCAACAAUGGCUGUCUGCCAAUGGAAGGUCCAGUAAUCCGAUAGUUGUUCAGUGUAUGAAGCUGGAUGUCUCAGCUGGUCUUCAGUAUAUGCCAGAGUCUUGCAGAAGUAGAUUCUAAUGCCAGUGAAGGGAUGGAUUUGCCGGAGAUGGCAGACCAAGAGAGAAGCUUUCUUCUUCCGUGUCUUUUAUAUAGGCUGUCGGCAGGAGGUUUGUCCCAGAUUAAAGGAUCUUCACUGUUGUAGAAUAUUAUUUUAAGGUGUGUUACUUUUAUUUAUGUUACAUUUGUUUAACUCUGUGAAGCUGUGUUACUGUGCCUGUCUAAAACAUUUGAUGAUCUAAUAAAGAGCUGAAUGGCCAAUAGUGAGGCAGGAAAGAGAAUUAGGUGGGGCUGGCAGGCACAGAGAAUAUAUAGAAGGAGAAAUCUGGGAGGAGAAAAGAAGUAGUCAGAGAAGGAGGGGGAAUCCAGGGGCCAGCCACCCAGCUGCACAGCAAGCCACAGAAUAAGGUAAGAUUUACAGAAGUAAGAGAACGGGGAAAGCCCAGAGGCAAAAGGUAGACAGGAUAAGUUAAAGAAAGCUGGCAAGAAACAAGCCAAGCUAAGGCUGGACAUUUAUAAGAAUAAGCCUCUGUGUGUGAUUUAUUUGGGAGCUGGGUGGCAGGCCCCCCAAAAGAGUGAAAAACAAACAACACUUUCCACUUCAAAAGAUCCCGAUUUAAGGUAGGUCUUCCCAAUUCGAAUGGUUUAGUUAGUAAAAAAAGAAAAAAAAAAUCCCUCCCUCACAGGUGUACCCAGCCGCUGAUGUAGUCAAGUUGACUUCUAAGAGUAGUCAUCACAAAGGGACUCUGAGGAGGGGACAUUUGAGCCAAGACUAGAAGCAGAGCAGAUGGGGGCCCAGCAGAGGGCGCCUGUGUUCCUGGAUAACCUUCUGGCCCCGACUUGGUUUCUAGACUGAAACAUCCAGAUUAGUCCUUCCAGACUGGCUCAAGUGCCAUGCCCCAGGAUUCAGGCUUUCUAGGCAGAAUGGUCCUGAGUCUGAGCACAGGCACUGGACUGUCCUUAGCAGUGGGACUGUUUCCAUCAUGAGAAAGCCUCUCAGGCUAGUGGUGGAGCACCUGCCUCUCUGCAACACAAAGCAGCUGUAGAAUCUGGAGUGGGGCAGACCACAACAGGGGAAUGGAUAAAUAAAAGGAUGGAGGAAUGCAAAAGGCUACAGUUAAAGGACCCUGCUAAAUGAUCCUGUUGCUGCUAGGGGACAUCUCUGGUACCUCGGUUUCCAUCCUAGUAAUGGGAUUUCCCAGUGUCACUCUCCAAUAGGAGAGCUGGACAGUUUCGGGUGGAUGAGAGAGAGAAAAUUAUUAAGAUAGACAUUCAUGGUGUAUUACCCCCAUGGAGCUCAAUAGUGCACUUUUUCCCCUCUUGCUUUUUGAGACGGGGUUUCUCUGUGUAGCCCUGGCUGUCCUGGAACUAGCUCUGUAGACCAGGCUGGCCUUGAACUCACAGAGAUCCACCUGCCUUUGCCUCCCGAGUGCUAGGAAUAAAAGCGUGUGCCACGACCACCUGGUUCCACUACUACUUUCUUUUUCUUCUUCUUCCUUCUUCCUUCCUCCUCCUCCUCCUCCUCCUCCUUCUUCAUAGAGACAGGAUCACUUAUAUUCCAGGCUGUUCUCAUAUAUUCAAGGCUAGCUUCAAACUCCCUAUGUAGGAUGUCCUUGAGUUUUUUGAUCUUUCCGCUCCCACUUCUGGAGUGGUGGGAUGACAGGGUGCACCACCAUGCUGGGCUUAUGCAGUCUGGGGAUGGAACACUGUACAAGCACUCUACCAACUGAGCUAUGUGCCUAGCCCAGUGAUAGUCCACUUUCAAGCAAGACAUGUACCUGUCCUUGAGAGGGUGGCCUGAGAGCUUAGCAUAAGGGGGAGCCAAUUCCUGCUAAGAGGCAGGCAGGAGAUAUGCUUGCCACAGUCCCUGCCGCUUCCCAAAAAUACCCCUGGCAGGAAGGGAGCCCCACUUCUGGCUGCUUGCUCCUUUGCCUCGAUGACCCCUGGGAUCUGCAUCUGAAUUAACUAACAAUUUAUAAGUUGUCUCAGGACAAGGCCUGAUCCCCUGGUCUCCAGGGACCUGGCCUAAGCAUUUUUGUAUUUUCACAGAUUUCAGCACAACAUUUUAAAAAGUGGAUACUGGCCUGGUGGUGGCAGCGCAUACCUUAAAUCUCAGCACUCAGGAGGCAGAGUCAGGCGGAUCUCUGAAGUUUGAGGUCAGCUUGGUCUACAGAGUGAGUUCCCGGAUAACUAGAGCGGCGCAGAGACACCCUGUCCUCGAAAAACCAAAAUAAAAAUAAUAAAUGGACACUCUGAACAUUUCACAAAGGGAGUACAUGUCUACCCUCUGCCUGGGUGGGGUGGUCAGCUAUGUAGGAUGCUAUGCCUUGUAAGACCCUGGUGUAUCCUUUUCUUUUUUGUUGUUUUGUUUUGGUAUAUCUUAUUCAUUUAUGCUGGCUAAUGGAUAUUGCCAGGCCCUCUUAGUCUAAGCACUCACACCACUAGGGGGCACCAAGGAGUCCAACUCCAACUCCUCUCUGGAGACCCUGCAAAUCCUUUGUCCCAAAGUCUCCAGCCUGAGUGGGGCACACCCUCACCUCAGGAGCGGGAAGGGAGGGGGCGUUGAGUCAAUGUUGAGCUGGAAGUUUCCUUUGUUCAGAAGCCUCCACUGGGCGUUAAGCUUGUGUUUGGGGUUCCUUAGCCCCCUUGUUUUUUUUCUGGGAGGAGGGUGGUACAACUUUCCCUGAUGGAGAAAGAUGCCUGAUGGAUGAGCAGCUAGGUGAUUUGGCCAAGACCAUGCUUGCUAGCUGGGUCUGGAACUCAAGUCCCAGUUAUAGGGUUUCCCAAAGGCUGAUUCCUAUGUUUCAAUCCUGGUUCUCCCCUUCUGGACUGUGUGUGACCUUGGGAGUUUCUGCUUAAGUCUCCUGAACUUUGGUUUCAUCAUUAGUGAAACAGGGUCACCUGCCAGUCAACAGAAUUAGAACGAUAGGCCCAGGGACACAGGUCAUAUAGAGUGCAUGCCUUUAAUUUCAGCAUUCCCGAGGCAGAGUUGAAUAGGUCUCUGUUCAAGGCCAACCAAGACUAUGAGCUGAUACCUUGUCUCAGUUAAACAAAAUAAAUCUCAGAAAGGCUGAAAAGGAGCCAGGUUGGGACCAGCACGAGGGAAACCCUCCAGAUUGACUCAUAUUGUCCUUAUUACAAUCACCUGGAGGGGUAACUCCCCACCCCGUAUAUAAGCUCCUUUCCUCAGACUCACUCCAUAGGUGCCUCUGUGGAUAACAAAAAGAAUUAACAGCGGUCUGAAGGACUGGAAAGCCGGCUUCCACAGCCUUCCCUUCCAACUGUCUCCAGCAGAGCUAGGCAGUGCCUACCCACUGUGGGGUGGGGAGAAGCAAGUCUUGUCUCUCAGAUUUACCCAAUAAAUGGGAGAUCCUCCCCUUUCAAAGUCCCUCUGUCCUCUGGCCACCUUCUCACCAGAACGGAGUAGAAACUUCUGACCUAGUUUACAGAUUUGAGGGCCAAGGUAAUAAACUGUAAAUAGAAGAUGGGCACCCACGAAAAGAAUAUUUUCUCUCUCUCUCUCUCUUUUUCCAAGACAGGUUUUCUCUGUGCAGCCCUGGCUGUCCUGGAACUCUCUCUGUAGAGUAGACCAGGCUGGCCUUGAACUCAGAGAUCUGCCUGCCUGCUGGGAUUAAAGGCA